AUGGCUGAUGUUGCAGUACAAAUGAAGGACGAAGAGCAGAAGAAGGUAGCAACUGAUGACACGUCUUCUGGUUCUUCUGGAAAUGAGGCUGGUGAUGAAAACGAGCUGAAGGGUUCGGAUAAUGAAAAUGAUGAAAAUGAGGGCGAAGUUACGGAAGCUCAGAAGAAGGUUGCAGAAGCUGCCGGAUUAGCUGAUCAGGUGUCUGGGGACAAAAUGAGCAAGCAGUCACGAUCAGAAAAGAAGGCGCGUAAAUUGUUCAGCAAAUUGGGUCUGAAACCGGUCCACAAUGUCUCUCGUGUUUGCAUUCGAAAAUCAAAAAAUAUUCUUUUUGUUAUAAAUAAACCGGAUGUGUACAAGAGCCCCGGCUCCGAUACCUAUAUUGUUUUUGGUGAAGCUAAGAUUGAGGAUUUAAGUGAACAUGCGCGAUUUGCUGCGGCAGAAAGGCUAAAGCCAAAUGAUACACAGUUAGGUGGUCAAGGUGGACGUAUGAAUGUUACUCGAGCCCAACAAGAAGAAGAAAGUGGUGAUGAUGGUGAAGUCGAUGCAACUGGUAUUGAAGAGAAAGACAUUGAACUAGUAUGUUCCCAAGCCAAUGUAUCACGUAAUCGAGCUAUCAAAGCAUUGAAGGAAGCUAACAAUGAUAUUGUCAAUGCGAUAAUGGAGCUAACCAUGUAG